GAGCCGAAGGCAGACGCUUAACCGCUUUGCCACCCAGGCGCCCCCUGAUUCUGUUUAAAUGGAAGUUAUGCUGAGCCUAGGGAACCUGAAGCGGGGUUAGGCUAUGAAAAAGCAUGUGCCUUCCUCCGGUGGAAUGCGGAGUAAGGAACGCCGUCGGCUCUUCCGGCCUGGCAGACUUCGCAGACGACUUCCAGAGGCGGUGGGGGGCGGGGAAAACGGAGAGAGGAGCGCGCUACAACCGCACGGGUCCGCCUCCGGAAGGUGCCGCACUGGACUUCCGGGGCCCCCUGGUCCGUCCGGGUACUUCUGCCCCUGCUUUCAGUCGGCCCGCGGAGCGGGAAGUCACGGCCCUUUCACCGCUCUUCCGCGCAGUCUCUCUCCGCUGGCCACGACGGCAGCAUGGCGGGCGCUGGAUUGCGGGCGGCGCUGGAGCAGCGGCUCGGCGCCCUAGCCAUCCGUACGGAGGUCGUGGAGCACCCGGAGGUGUUUACAGUUGAAGAAAUGAUGCCUCAUAUCCAGCAUUUGAAAGGAGCACAUAGUAAGAACUUAUUUCUUAAAGACAAGAAGAAAAAAGGCUAUUGGCUGGUUACAGUUCUUCAUGAUAGACAAAUUAAUUUAAAUGAUCUUGCCAAGCAGUUAGGUGUUGGGAGUGGAAAUCUUCGGUUUGCUGAUGAAACAGCCAUGCUGGAAAAACUAAAAGUUGGCCAAGGCUGUGCCACACCUUUGGCACUCUUCUGUGAUGAUGGAGAUGUGAAAUUUGUUCUGGAUUCAGCUUUUUUGGAAGGUGGACAUGAAAAGGUGUACUUUCAUCCAAUGACCAAUGCUGCAACCAUGGGAUUGAGCCCUGAAGACUUUCUCACAUUUGUGAGGAAGACAGGACAUGAUCCCAUAAUAAUAAAUUUUGAUAAAAACAACUAAGUGGGCGGAUAUUUAGAAUACAUUUAUUUCCAAAAGCUAUUUUUCUUAUUUGUAAUUUAUAAAAAGCAUUAAAACUGAUAAUAAUAUUUAG